CCUUAAUAAAAAGUACUUCAAAACCCUAGCCUCCACCCUCCACCGCCAAGCUCCGACGCGCUGCCUCCCCUUCCCGGACCUUUUUCCUUCUCUUUCAUCAAUGGCUUUCUUCACCGGUGGCGGCCGAUUCCGCGAGCUUCUCAAGAAGUACGGGAAGGUUGCAAUCGGAGUUCAUUUCUCAGUGUCGGCGGCUUCGAUCACUGGCCUCUAUGUCGCCAUCAAGAACAAUGUGGAUGUUGAAUCGCUACUCGAUAAGUUACACAUGGAUGGAUUCUCUUCCAAAGAUCAGUCGCAGACUAGUCCCGGCGAGACCGCAUCGUCCGUAGAUGAUGGACUAGUGAUCGAAGAAAGCCCUGCGUCGGAGACUCAAUCGACGGUGGCGCAGGAGCCGAGGACGAGGAAUCGUACUGCAGAGCUUGCGGCGUCGACUGGCGGCGCGUUGGCUUUGGCCGUUCUGUGCAACAAGGCACUGCUACCUAUUCGGAUUCCAAUAACGAUUGGGCUGACGCCGCCAAUUGCGAGGAUGCUGGCGAGGCGAGGGAUUAUGAGAAGUGGUUAAGGAACUGAAUCCAUCUCAUUUGUUCUUCAUAAUCAUCUUUCAAGUAUGUUGGAUCGGCGAGUUAAUCUUUCAUGGCUUUGCUUCUUCUCGCGAUGAACAGAGUAUUGUGAUCCAUUUUCUACCUUCUUUCUAGAUUUUUUUUUUCCCAAGAAAGAAUACUUGUGUUGAUUUUAAGACACAUUUAGAGUAGAUGUUUCUGUUCAUCUUGUCAAAAUACCAAAUAAAUUUUUAAAAAAUUUAACUCUAAGUUCUUCCACUUCGUUAUUCAUUUGAUUUCACUGUACUUGCAA